UCUAUAGGAAUCAGUGGGAUCAGAACAAACGACAAUAACUGCGACAAAGAUAGCGGAGAUCCUUAUCGCCAUUAUUAUAAAUAAACAAAAUUUCCUUAGUUCAAUUAAGACUGUUCUUGCUUAGUCCAUGGAGAACACUACUGGGUUGUGUGUGUUAUGGGUUAUACUAUUGUUGGGGUGUGUCAUUUCCUCAGAAUCUAAGUAUAUAAGGUAUAACACAACGACAACCAUUGACCCUGCCAAGAUCAACGUUCACUUGGUCCCUCACACUCACGACGAUGUUGGCUGGUUGAAGACUAUUGAUCAGUAUUAUGUUGGUUCCAACAACUCAAUUCAGGGAGCAUGCGUUCAGAACGUGCUCGAUUCCCUGGUACCCGCAUUGUUGGCUGACAAGAAUCGCAAGUUCAUUUAUGUUGAGCAGGCAUUUUUUCAGCGAUGGUGGAGAGAACAAAGUGAUGAUAUUCGGAACAUAGUCAAAGGGCUGGUCAAAUCUGGUCAAUUGGAGUUCAUAAAUGGAGGUUUUUGUAUGCAUGAUGAGGCUGCUACUCAUUACAUUGACAUGAUUGAUCAGACAACUCUUGGACAUCAAUUUCUCAAAGAAGAAUUUGGAGUGACUCCAAGAAUAGGGUGGCAGAUUGAUCCAUUUGGACAUUCUGCUGUUCAGGCCUACUUGUUGGGGGCAGAGGUUGGAUUUGACUCUCUAUUCUUUGCACGGAUUGACUAUCAAGACAGAGCAAAGAGAAAAGAUGAAAAAACUCUUGAAGUUGUGUGGCGGGGCUCUAAGAGCUUUGGUUCAUCAUCACAGAUAUUUUCUGGUGCGUUCCCUGAGAAUUAUGAACCUCCCAGUAAUUUCUACUACGAAGUAAAUGACGAUUCUCCCAUUGUUCAGGAUGAUGUCAAUUUAUUCGACUACAAUGUCCCUGAAAGAGUAAACGAGUUUGUCGCAGCAGCAAUAUCACAGGCCAAUAUUACGCGCACAAAUCAUAUCAUGUGGACUAUGGGGACAGAUUUCAAGUACCAAUACGCGCAGAGCUGGUUUCGGCAAAUGGAUAAGUUUAUUCACUACGUUAAUCAGGAUGGUCGGGUCCAUGCCUUGUACUCAACCCCAUCAAUAUACACCGAUGCCAAACAUGCUACAAAUGAGGCAUGGCCAAUCAAGACUGAUGACUACUUUCCGUAUGCAGAUCGUGUGAAUGCAUAUUGGACCGGGUAUUUUACAAGCAGGCCUGCUCUCAAAGGUUAUGUCAGACUGAUAAGUGGAUACUACUUGGCAGCAAGACAGUUGGAGUAUUUCAAAGGGAAGAGUGCCUUAGGUCCAAACACUGAUUCAUUGGCCGAAGCUUUGGCUAUUGCUCAGCAUCAUGAUGCAGUAUCUGGCACAGAAAAGCAGCACGUUGCUAAUGAUUAUGCUAAACGGCUUUCAAUAGGUUAUACAGAGGCUGAGAAAGUUGUUGCAGAAUCACUUGCUUGUUUGACAGAGGGAGCAACCAAAACGGGAUGUAAGAACCCACAGAUUAAAUUUCAACAGUGUCCACUUCUGAACAUAAGUUACUGUCCUGCAUCAGAAGUCGAUUUCUCCAAUGGGAAAAACCUGGAGGUUGUUGUUUACAAUCCUCUGGGAUGGAAAAGAGAAGAUAUCAUAAGGAUUCCCGUUGUCAAUGAAAACGUUGGUGUUCGGGAUUCCAGCGGGAAAAGAGUCCAAUCCCAGUUGGUGCCAAUACCUGAUUUUUUUCAUGGUUUAAGAAAUUAUCACACUAUGGCAUACUUGGGAGUGUCUCCAACUGUGAAACCCAAAUACUGGCUUGCUUUUCCAGCAACUGUUCCCCCACUUGGUUUUAGCACUUACUAUGUAUCCUAUGCCAAAAAUGAAGCUACUAUUUCAGACAGACAUGUAGUUCACAAGUCAAAGAAUGAAAGUGAUAUAAUUACAGUGGGUCCAGAAAACUUGAAAUUAACUUAUUCUGUGAAGGAACGGAAACUUACUGAAUAUAUCAACAGCAGAAGCAAGGUGGAAGAAGCUCUAGAGCAGGCAUAUAAAUUUUACGCCGGCAAAGGAGUUGAUAAAGAUGAAACUGUUCCUCAGGCAUCUGGAGCAUACAUUUUUAGACCUGAUGGUUCACCAUUUCCCAUCAAUUCCAAGAGGAAGAAGUCUCCUCUCAUAGUUUUUCGGGGACCAAUUGUGCAUGAAGUGCAUCACCAGAUUGAUUCAUGGAUAUACCAGACUACUAGACUGUACAAGGGCAAAGAACAUGCUGAGGUUGAGUUUAUUGUUGGACCUAUACCCAUUGAUGAUGGAGUUGGCAAGGAAAUUGCAACUGAGAUUAAAACAAAUUUGGCAAGCAGCAAAACCUUCUAUACUGAUUCCAAUGGACGUGAUUUCAUUGAGCGUGUUCGAGACUACAGAAAAGACUGGCACUUGGAAGUGAAUCAACCUGUUGCUGGAAAUUAUUACCCAAUCAACCUUGGGAUUUACCUGAAAGAUAAAAGGAAAGAGUUUUCUAUUUUGGUAGAUAGAGCUGUGGGGGGCUCCAGCAUCAUGGAUGGACAAUUGGAACUAAUGGUUCAUAGGAGGUUACUUGAGGAUGAUUCCAGAGGUGUUGCAGAGGCACUAAAUGAAACAGUUUGCAUCCAUAAUACAUGCACAGGGUUAACUGUGCUAGGGAAAUACUAUUUCAGAAUUGAUCCAGUAGGAGAGGGUGCUAGAUGGCGACGAUCAUUUGGUCAGGAGAUAUACUCACCCUUACUUUUAGCCUUCACAGAGAGUGACGCACAUCGGGGAGAAUCUCAUGUCACAACCUUCUCGGGAAUAGAUUCCUCAUACAACUUACCGGAUAACGUUGCAAUAAUAACCCUCCAGGAUCUGGGUGAUGAAAAAGUUCUCCUUCGGUUGGCACACUUAUACGAGAUUGAGGAGGACAAGCAUCUUUCAGUUAAGGCAACUGUAGAACUGAAGAAGGUGUUUUCCUCCAAACAGAUAAAGAAAAUAACUGAAGUGAGCUUAUCAGCUAACCAAGAAAGAGCAGAAAUGGAGAGGAAGAGAUUGGUUUGGCAAGUAAAAGGGUCACCUCGAGAAUCUAAGGUGCGGAGGGGAGGACCAGUAAAUCCAGAAAAUCAAAUUGUAGAACUUGCUCCCAUGGAAAUUCGGACUUUUGUUAUCAGUUUUAGGCCUUAAGAGUCCACCAGGUCAAUAUCUGAAAAAUAACUAAGUAAGAAAUUGUAUCAGAUUUUAGAUGUUUCUAACAUCAUGUAAGCCCGAAAAAAUAAUAAAUAUGUUUAGCGUUUGUUUCGCUAAAGGUGUAUGGACUCCUGCCCAUUGCCAAUAGUGCAUUAGCUCCUAUCCUUUUCCUUCGACAUCUAA